AACCGUUUCGCCGGCGGUGAGGCCUCGUCCGUGCGGGCGGUGAAACUCCGGUGUGACGCUGAGUUUCGUUUCCCAGCAGAGCCUGGGACCUGUCCGGACUCUCAGCAGCUCGGCGCCGCCGCCACCGACGUUUCAUCACCGUUUUAAUUUCCCUUUUAUUUCACGGCUCUUUCGUCGUUACUUUAACCGACGGCAGAUGAGGGUCAGCAGUCGGUUCUUUCCAUGUUCCUCCUCCACCAACCGGGCGGGGACUCUCUUGUUCGUUGCUACUGCUAAGCUUCAUGCUAACAGGGGUGCGUCUGAUUUGUGAGCCGCUAAGCACCGGAGGUUUCAGAUUCAGAUCCUGUCAGUUGGUCGGUAACAGAGGAACUUUAGCACUUUUCUGUGACUACAUGUCAGAUUUAGAAAUAAAUAAACCACCGUGGCCUCUUUAAUUUAAAAAGUUGAGAUUCUGAAAUGAACAAUUCUUUAUAUUCUCUUUGAAAACGCUCAGGACUGAAUGCGCCGUGAGUUGCUUCUGGAUUUCCUCAUUACCUGUCUUUCAUAUUCCGUGUUUGCUGUCACUGCAUCCGGCUGUGAGGAAAACAGACCGGCAUCAGAUGAACCAGGUGACAGGACUGUCUGUAACACCGGGGUAUAACACCGGGGUAUAAUCCGGGUCACGGUGCGCGUGAACGGUGCUCAGCUGCUCUGUCGCUUUAAAAGCCUCGUGUUGUUACAGGAAGUGUGAGGGGUGUUUCCAGCUGAUCAACAGAACGAGGACCAGUGUCCCCCCCCCAGCAGCCCGAGCCGUCCGCCUCGUCCUCCGGCACCACAGCAGAGCACCCCGGUACCGACCACCGGCAGCUCUGCGCCGCCGCAUCAAGGAUCUCACCGGGAUUUAAUCAGUGGAAGAACCGGGGGGGAUCCUCGGCGCUCCCCCCUCCCCGCUCCUCCGCUCCUUCUCAGUUAGCUGCCGUGAACCGGUGCCGUCGGUAGCUGUUAGCCCGGACUGUCAUGAUCCCAGCGCGGAGAUGGCGUCCUUCCCCGGUUUGUGUAAGGCUGUCGUGCCCGCGGAGGAGGAGAACGGAGAGCGGGACGGCUCUCUGCAGCAGAUGCUGAAGGCCAUCGCCGACGAGAGGAACCGACUCAACGUCCGACAGGAGAUCAGCGGACUGGGCUGUUUUAAGGAUGACCGCAUUGUGUUCUGGACCUGGAUGUUCUCCACAUAUUUCAUGGAGAAGUGGGCUCCUCGACAGGACGACAUGCUGUUCUACGUCCGCAGGAAGCUCUCCUACGUCAGCGCUGACAACAGCGAGGGCAAAAAGGUGGAAGUGGAGGUUUACAGGAGGGAUUCCAAGAAGCUGCCAGGCCUCGGUGACCCCGACAUCGACUGGGAGGAGAGCGUCUACCUGAACCUCAUCCUGCAGAAGCUGGACUACGUGGUGACGUGCGCCGUCUGCACGCGCUCAGACGCAGGAGAUAUCCACAUCCACAAGAAGAAGUGUCAGGAAGUGUUUGCGUCUCCCAGUAAACACGCCAUGGACAGCAAAGGAGAGGAGUCCAAGAUGAGCUACCCGAACAUCUUCUUCAUGAUCGACAACUUUGAGGAGGUGUUCAGUGACAUGACGGUGGGCGAGGGGGAGAUGGUUUGUGUGGAGCUGGUGGCGAGCGACAAGAGCAACACCUUCCAGGGCGUCAUCUUCCAGGGCUCCAUCCGCUACGAGGCCCUCAAGAAGGUCUACGACAACAGGGUGAGUGUUGCAGCUAAGAUGGCCCAGCGCAUGUCUUUCGGCUUCUACAAGUACAACAACAUGGAGUUUGUGAGGAUGAAGGGUCCGCAGGGCAAAGGUCACGCAGAGAUGGCCGUCAGCAGGGUCCCGACAGGGGACACCUCCCCCUGUGGCACCGAGGAGGACCAGGUGUCCCCCAUGCACGAGAGGGUGACGUCCUUCAGCACUCCUCCGACCCCGGAGAGGAACCGUCCCUCCUUCUUCUCCCCGUCUCUCAGACGGAAGGUGCCCCGAAACCGAAUCGCUGAGAUGAAGAAAUCUCACUCGGCCAACGACAGCGAGGAAUUCUUCAGGGAGGAGGAAGACGAAGAUCUUCACACCACCACCAACCUUCGCUCUCGCUCUCUGUCGGGGACCGGCCGCUCUCUGGUCGGCUCCUGGCUCAAACUGAACCGGACGGAGGACUACUUCCUGCUGUACUCACACCUGACCUACGUCACCCUGCCACUGCACCGCAUCACCACAGACAUCCUGGAGGUGAGGCAGAAGCCCAUCCUGAUGACAUAGCAGGGCUGGACCCCGCCUCAGAGCAUCACUACCAAGUGCCUCCUGCAUCAGGCCACUGAGACGAACAGCAGCGCCCCCCGGUGUCCAGGCUGAGACCGACAACCAAACACCUGCUUCAGCUGGAGGCGGUCGGAGGAGACGACGAGACACAAACAAACAAACCAGCCAUUCAAGAAGUGCCUCCUCUUCUUCUUUUCAGUUCUUGCUGUGUCUAAAGUUGUCUCCACGGAAACGGGCUCAGCGUCAGGAUCACAUGACCUCAGUGUGAGAAGGCAUUGGCUGAACUCUGACCAGGCAGGAAGUGAGGAGUGUGUGUUGUUCUUGUAAAUAUCCUGCUGCUUCACUCACUGACACGCCUCGGCUAAAGGUUCUGCUCUUACUGACACCUGCUCCUGUCGGACGCGUCGUGGACCUGCUGGGGACGCGAGGGGACGCAGGGGACGCGAGGUGAACAGGAUUCUGCCUCUGACUCGUUUGUGUGAGAAGUUCCUGCAGAAAAGGUCAGAGCCUUCAGCUCACUCACAUUCCUCAAAGAAAAGGGAUCCUCGCUCACUCACAGCUUAUCUUCUGUGUUUAACUUACACAUAUUCUUAUUCAUUUGGUCUCUGAAAGGUCAGAUUUAUUAACGAGCGAUCUUCACAACGUCAAUGUUGAUUCGUUUGUCAGAAGGAUUAACACAUGUAAGAACCUGGAACCAGCAACUAUUUGGUAUUUUUACUUUAUUAGGACAAAAACCAACAGAGGAGCCUGAGUCCAGUUCAGUUCUGGUUCCCUGAGCAGCUCCGUCUGAACCCACAGACACAACAUCUGCAUUUUAACAGUCCAGCUGUGUGAUGGUUCGUACUGUAGUUCACUUCUGUGGCUUUUCACCACCAACUUAAAAAAAACACACAAAAAAACAAAACACAAACAUCACAGAAACCCAGCUUUGACUUUUUACUGCUUUAGUUUAAAAACUGCGACUCAACUGGAAGUGACUUGAAAAACUACUGAAGUAAAAACGGUGAAGAUGAUUUUAAAGGGAAACUGGAAUAAAAAGCCCAAAACUGUUUGUAUUUGAAAGGGGACAUUACAGGAGGAGGUGGACGGAUGUUUGGGAUCCACGUGUGGACAGAGGACACAGAUGUGACGGUUCUUCAGCUGGUUGAUGUUUGACUCCUCUGGUUUCUCUCCCUCUGUGCUCCUGAAGCCUUAAACUCUGACUGUAUGUAACUUUGUUUUUUCUUUCUCUUCACUUCGUUUUCAUUGGAACGAACCUGAAAAUGUUUUAUCAUCAGAGAACAACACGUCCAAACACCCGAACACCACAAUCUUCCUGCCGAGUCGGUGCUGCAGCCGAGGAUCGAUACCGAUCUGUUUCCAAUCGAUCAUCUGUAAAACGUCAGAAUGCAGAAGCCAGCCAGUGUGUUCAGAUGAGCUCUGAUCAAUUCAUCAGCAAAGUGUUGUUUUCUUCUUUAGAUAAUGAAUUUAGUGAUUAGUUUUUAAAAUGAGUGGAUUAAUCAAGUUGUUUGGUUUAGUGUUAGGGGGACAGGGGGGCAAAGGGACAGACAGGGACAGAGGGACAGACAGGGACAGAGGGACAGAGGGACGGGCAGAGGGAUGAUGUGUUUUCUAACAUUUUGAACAACAAUGGAAGAACUGAGAUCACUAUAUUCACUGUGAUAAAAAAAAUUACAGAAAAAAAUUAUUACAAACUUAAUUUUUAAAAAAUUCUUUCUCUAAUCUAAAUGUUUAGAGGAGAAAUUUUUUUUACAAGAAUCAUUACAGGAAGUCAAUUUAUUCAAAUGUCCUGAAGCUAAAGUCACAGAUGUACACAUGUUACAUUUGGAGCAUGUGACACAAAUAUUGAUUAUUAGAUGAUUCGGCUGAAGGUUGCGAUUGGUUGGAAAUCGGUGAUUCACUGAUCUGCUGUGAAGAUUUUGGUUUCUCAUUGUUCAGCGUUAAAAAUCAUCGACAUCUGAGGAGGAUCGUUGAUCUGAUUGGAAACAGGAGGAGUUCAGACACAAGCCGACGUGUGCCAGCUGCCGUUGUACUUAUUGAUCAGAAAUGAUCGGUGACUGACUUGCACUCAGAGACGAAGCCAUCCUCGAUCAAAGUCCAGUGUUUUUCUCCGUGUCGUGUUUAAGCAGUGAAAUUUUCCACAGCACUUUUCUUUGUUUGGGUUCAGACGAGCCGACGCUGCUCGUCUCUUCAGUGUUAUUGAUGAUGAUGUAGUUUAUAGUUUCUCCAGCUGAAUGUAUCCACGCUGAUCAAUAGCAAAGAUGCUUUAACUGAACGUUUGAUAUGAGCAAAAUGACAGUUUGCACUGUAAAACGCUUUUAGAUCCUUUUUGAAAGUUUGUUAAAAACCUUUUUGUUCUUCACACUUUAUCGCUCUCAUCAUGGCUUUUGUACACACACACUGUUAAUGUGCAUGUUAUCAGUCCAUUCUUCUGUUGCUCAGUCUCCAAACUCUGUGUACAUUUUCCUCUAUUUAUUUGUUGAAAUACACAUUAGCAGAAAAACUGACGCUUCCCGGGUUUUUACUGAUUCUCCAUCACCGUCAUCGGACUCCACUCUGAUGAUAAUUUCCUGUCUGCUUUUGUUAAAGCUCC